UUUCUGGGGGGAAGGGGGGGGGAGCUGCUGCUGCUUUGCUUUUCUGGGAGUCUACGGAUUUACUUGUAGGCUGGGGGAAUCCCUGAACAAACUAGUUGCUCCAUAGUGUUCACCCUUCCCCUUCCCCGCUUUGUUUCAACUCUGUGACGCCUGUCAGUCCCUAAAAGGAGUUUACGCGAGAACCUAGUGACAUGCCGGUGCGCACCGAGCACUGCGGCAGCCCCGGCGCGGCCUACACAUCCUCGGCCUCGCUUGUCCCACCACCGCCUAUCAACGCGCAGCAGCCGGGCAUCGCGACUUCGCUGCUGUACAGUGGCUCGCAGUUUCGGGGACACCAGAAGAGCAAAGGAAACUCCUACGACGUUGAAGUUGUUUUGCAGCAUGUUACCAUGGAGGAUUCAUAUUUAUGUGGUUACCUGAAGAUCAAAGGUCUGACGGAGGAGUAUCCGACACUUACAACAUUUUUUGCUGGAGAAAUAAUCAGUAAAAAGCGUCCUUUCUUAACUAGGAAAUGGGAUGCUGAUGAAGAUGUGGACCGCAAGCACUGGGGAAAAUUCCAGGCUUUUUAUCAGUAUGCAAAAACCUUUAACACAGACGAUUUUGAUUAUGAGGAGCUGAAAAACGGCGACUAUGUCUUCAUGAGGUGGAAGGAGCAGUUCCUAGUCCCAGAUCACACAAUCAAAGAUAUCAGUGGAGCUUCCUUUGCUGGGUUCUACUACAUCUGCUUCCAAAAGUCCACUGCAACCAUAGAGGGCUAUUACUAUCACAGAAGUUCCGAAUGGUACCAGUCCCUGAACCUCACCCACGUCCCUGAACACAGCGCUCCCAUAUAUGAGUUCCGGUGACACCGGUGGUUCCGUAUGGCUGGCCAAGGGUGAUCCAAGGCACAGUAAAGAGACACAAAGAAAUGGGGACUGGGGGAGCAACUGUCAAACCCUGCCAGUGAUGCAACAGUCUUCUCUGCCAGUGACUGAGAGCGAUGCACUCGCAGGCAGAUGGACCGAUGGCAGCAUUAGUUGUCGUCAUGAUGACAGAGUGUCCCAGCAGGCUGUGGUCUGGAAUCUGCGUCCCAUGGGCACAUGUGAUUCGCCACAACAGUGUUUUUUUUUUUUCUCCCCAUCAGUUUAAUUAUCUGCUUUGUUUUUAGUUGCACUUUUUUUGUUUUUUUUUUUUAUAUAUAUAUUUUACUUUUUCAGCUGGAGACUUUUCAGUGUUUCUA